AGGGGGUGUCCUGCGGGCCGGGGCGGGUCCCGCCGCCCCCGCGGGCUCCGGUGCGUCAGGGGCGCGUCAGGCGGGGCGGGCUCCGCGCGGGCGGCGGCAGCGGCGGCGGCAGCGGGUGGCGGGUGGCGGGUGGCGGGUGGCUGGCGGCGCGCACCGGGCCUCCUGCUUCUCGCUCCGAGGCUGCGGGACGGACGCUCCCGAGAACUCUCUCGCCCGCGGCCGGCCGCGCUCGGACGGCGCGCGCCGGCGGCCCGGCGGUGCCAGCAUGUCGGCUGCCGUGGCGUGCCUGGACUACUUCGCCGCUGAGUGCUUGGUGUCCAUGUCCGCGGGUGCCGUGGUUCACCGCCGCCCGCCGGACCCCGAGGGCGCGGGCGGAGCGGCAAGCUCGGAGGUGGGUGCGGCGCCGCCGGAGUCCGCUCUGCCGGGACCGGGGCCACCGGGGCCCGCGUCGGUCCCCCCGUUCCCCCAGGUCCCCGCCCCCAGCCCCGGCGCGGGCGGCGCCGCGCCCCACCUGCUGGCUGCAAGCGUCUUGGCUGACUUGCGCGGCGGCUCUGGGGAGGGCUUCGGGGAGUACUCGGGGGAAGCUCUGCGUGCCUCGUCCAGCUCCUCCGACCCGACCCCGUGCUCCGGCACGCCCCGGUGCUCCCAGCCGACCCUGGCCUCCAGCGCGGCGGAGGUAUCCGGACCCGCGCGCUCUCCCGGCGCGCUCGUGGUCCCAGGCGCGCCAGCGGUCCCCGGAGCGCCUGCCCACCCUGGCGGGGUCCCUGGCGUGGCCCCUGGAGCCGGCCCCACCCCCGCCACGGGUUCAGUACCUCGUCGGAGGCCAGUCACACCUGCUGCCAAGCGCCACCGCUGCCCCUUCCCGGGCUGCAACAAAGCCUAUUACAAGUCAUCGCAUCUGAAGUCCCACCAGCGCACCCACACGGGUGAGCGCCCUUUCUCCUGCGACUGGCUCGACUGCGACAAGAAGUUCACGCGCUCCGACGAGCUGGCCCGCCACUACAGGACGCACACGGGCGAAAAGCGCUUCUCCUGCCCCCUCUGCCCCAAGCAGUUCUCCCGGAGCGACCACCUGACCAAGCACGCCCGUCGCCACCCAGCCUAUCAUCCCGACAUGAUUGAGUACCGGGGGCGCCGUCGCACUCCCCGCGUCGACUCGCAACCCGCCAACCUGGUGGACAGCUCCGGCUCCGUCCCCGGGCAGGUGCCCAGCUUCACUACCUGCUUGCCUGACAGUCAUUGCUGAUAGCCGUCCCCUCAAGGACGAUCCCCCAGGCCGUUGUCCUUGCUUUCUCUCAACCCAUCCCUCUUUCCCAGAGUGAUUAGACCAAGGCACAGACUGGCUUCUCCGCUGUGAAAGUGGGUCCAGGCAGGCACGUUGGACCCUGGGGAGGGACUGAGGGCCCGAAAAUAACAGGAAUUCUUACAACACGUAUAUCAUCCAAAAGGGGGGGUUGCCUCAAGACAACCCUCAGGAACUUGUAAGAAGGGAUGAACUCUGGUACUCUCUAGAGUCCUGAAGAUUCUCCCUUCCAUGGGAACCAGAGAUGUGAAACUGGAAUUCUCAGGUGCCUGAGGAGCUCCCAGUCUCAAAGGACUCUGGUGUUUUACCCACCCACCAGGGCGGACCUUGGAGAGGGUGUCAGGGGUGGCAGUCUUGGAAGUAUCCAGGACUGGAAUGGUGAGAGGCCUUUGGAAACAGAAAUGAUUUCUAUUUCUGUAAAUGGCAAUGUUUACUAAUGUAUUUUUAGUAUCUUUUAAACAGGGAUCCCAAGUUGAUAGGAGAUUGAUGUCGUCCACUCCCCGAUUGCCCCAGCUACCUCUUCCAGGAGAGGCCAUGUAAGCGUCUAUGUGGAUGUAUGGCUGGGAGAUGCUUUUGGUGUCUGGGGAGUGAUGCGAGUCUGUUUGCAGGUCCUAUUGCAAGGGUUGGAACCUUGCAGCUGCGUCGUAGCUUUUCUUCUCAUUUGGAGUCCUACUUGGAGGGGUAACUUCCUGGCCCACUCACAAGAUUGGUUUAAAAUUUUGGAAACAAUCAUAAAAGCACGAGAAAUAAA